AUGGCAUCGUGGGUUGCAGAGGAUUUGGUACAAACAGAGGGCAAGAAUGAAGCUCCAGAAGAUGAUGCAGAGAGGUGUUUAAAUCUGUUGAUAGGCCAGGGAAUGGUUCAAGUGACAAAGAAGAAGCUUAAUGGGAAUGUUAAAAGUAUUCGCCUGCCUAAUGCCCUAAGACAAUACUGGUUAUCCAAAGCUCAACAAGCCACAACUCUCAGAGAUCAUAUUUACACAAGAUCUGAAUUGUUCCUAGGCAAUGACAUGAUCCGCCAUCUUGUUGAUCAUCUUGACAGAAAAGAUAUAAGCUUUGUUCAUAUCCAUGGUGGUUGCGACACAAGUUCAGAGUCUUUGACACAUUACUAUCAAGAUGUCCUCUCUUUUCGGUCCUUUGAUACUCGAAGAGAAAGCAAACCAGGAGAAGAGGUAGGAAACUUUUUGCGGCGAUGCAUUUCUAGUAGUUGCUUCCUAUUACUGCGAGUGCUUGAUCUUGAAAAUGUAUUUAGACCUAAUUUGCCCGAGGCACUGGGGGAACUAACUCAACUAAGGUACCUCGGCUUGAGAUCUACAUUCCUUGAGAUGCUUCCGUCAUCCAUAAGCAAGUUGCAGAAUCUUCAGACUCUGGAUCUAAAGCAUACCAACAUCAGCACUCUUCCUAAUUCAAUCUGGAAGUUACAACAGCUACAACACUUGUACUUCAGUGAGGGUUAUCAAAGUAAACUUAAGCCCCAGCUAAGUAUUGGCUCUCUUACAACCCUCCAGACAUUGUGUGGGCUCUUUGUAGAUGAGGACACUCCAGUAAGAGAUGGCCUAAACAGGUUACUUAAUCUUAGAAAAUUGGGAUUGACAGUGUCAUCUCAACCAAAGGCAAUGUCAUCACAACUACAAGUAGUAGCUGACUGGGUUCUAAAUCUGAACCAUCUCCGUUCUUUAAGGGUCAAAUCUAUUGAUUACAAUAACCAACCUUGGGAUCUAGAAUUGAAGCCUUUAACAGGGAAUAGCAUGCUUUGCUCUUUGGGAGGCUUUCCUCAGCUUCGAGUUCUUAAACUAUGGAAGCUGGAUCUACUGGGGGAAUGGAGUGUGGAGAAAGGAGCACUGCCAGCUCUUCGAGAUUUAGAGAUCAGGUACUGUGAAAGGCUGCCAAUGCUUCCUGCAGAAUUGCAACACAGGACUUUCUUGAAGAUUGAAGUGCAACCUGCUAGGUGA